GACAAUUUUUUUUUUUUUGAUGAAAAUUCUCCUCAAGUCGACAGCUCACAGCAAAUGAAAGGCAUUUCUUUUCCUCCCCCCACAAUUGCUUGAUCCCCAGCACGAAUGUCUUGUUGGCACUUGGCACCAGCAUGUCUUGUCUGAGUGCCAAUGAUUUACAGAGAAUUUUUCAGAAGCUUGACAAAAAUGGUGCUGGACUGAUAAGCAUCGAUCAGCUGAAAUGGCUUCUCGAGAAAAUUGGCUUCCAGACCAGUAUUGAUGACCUUCAAGCCUUGAUGGGCAGCGGGAAAUGCCUUGAUUCUAUUGAUUUUUUCUUCUUCUAUGAUAUUGUCAUCGAGAAGCAAAAGAAGGGAGGUGAUGAAGCCAGUGAUGACUUGAACGAUGAUGGUGAUCUAGUCAAGGCUUUCAAGGUAUUUGAUUUGAAUGAUGAUGGAUUCAUCUCAUGUGAAGAACUUCAAAGUGUACUAUCAAGAUUAGGAUUAUGGGAUGAGCAGAAUUGCCAAGAUUGUAAGAGAAUGAUUAGCAUGUAUGAUAUGAAUUCAGAUGGCCUGCUUGAUUUUGAAGAAUUCAAGUUUAUGAUGCUUUCUGAUUUUAGUUAAGUUUUCCAUGCAUUUUUGUAAAAAUAUAAACCAAGUUAUGAUUGAUUGGUUAGUUUUAUUCAAUGACCACAUGUCAUUUGUUUAUUGGCUAGUUUUGUUGGCAAGUCUAAAGUUGACCACAUGUGAUCAAAUCCCGUAAUAUUAGUCAUAGUAGAGUUAGAAGUCUCGUGUCUGGUCAUUGUACGAAGUAGAAGUUGCCUCUAGUUUUGGUCCUCCAGUGUAGCCUCGUUGUUUUGUUUUCACUUGUAAAAAGUUGUUGCCGCAACUUCGUUU